UCCCAAACGGGCUUUUUAGGGGCAUCAGCGACAAGUUUCUUCCUCUGACAAGAUGGCGGCGGGGGGCGGCGGCGGCGGUAGUAGGCCUGGCUCGAAAAGCAAGGCAGAUUCCGGCUUUUUGGGACUGCGGCCCACUUCGGUGGACCCGGCGUUAAGGCGGAGGCGACGAGGCCCGAGAAAUAAGAAGCGAGGCUGGCGGCGGCUGGCUCAGGAGCCCCUGGGGCUGGAGGUUGAUCAGUUCCUAGAGGACGUGCGAUUGCAGGAACGCACAAGCGGAGGUUUGUUGUCAGAGGCCCCUGAUGAUAAACUCUUCUUCGUGGACACUGGCUUCAAGGAAAAAGAACUGAAAAAGAAGAGGACCAAAGUCCAGAAGAAAUCUCUGCUUCUCAAGAAACCCCUUCGGGUUGAUCUCAUCCUUGAGAACACAUCUAAGAUCCCUGCCCCAAAAGACAUCCUCGCUCACCAGGUCCCCAAUGCCAAGAAACUCAGGCGGAAGGAGCAGCUAUGGGAGAAGCUGGCAAAGCAGGGCGAGCUGCCCCGGGAGGUGCGCAGGGCCCAGGCCCGGAUUCUCAACCCACCUGUGGCCAAGGCCAAGGCUGACCCCCAGGAUGUUGUUGAGCGGCCCUUCUACGAUCUCUGGGCCCCAGACAACCCUCUGGAGAGGCCGUUGGUUGACCAAGAUGAGUUUUUCCUGGAGCAGACCAAAAGGAAAGGAGUGAAGCGACCACCACGUCUCCACACCAAGCCCUCCCAGGCACCCGCUGUGGAGGUGAUGCCCGCUGGAGCCUCUUACAACCCAUCGUUUGAAGACCACCAGACCCUCCUCUCUGCAGCCCAUGAGGUAGAGCUGCAGCGGCAGAAGGAGGUGGAGAAGCUGGAGCGGCAGCUAGCCCUGCCUGCCGGGGAGCAGGCUGCUACCCAGGAGUCUACAUUCCGAGAGCUAUGCCAGGGGCUAUUGGAGGAGUCUGACGAUGAGGGGGAGCCAGGCCAGAUGGGUGAGAGCCCUGAGGCUGGAGAAGCUGAGGCCUGUACCCCACCCAUCCGCCUAGCCACUGCUGAGAAGAAGACGGAGCAGCAACGGCGGCGGGAGAAGGCCGCCCGCAGCCUGCGGGCACAGCAGGUGGCAGUGCGAGCUGCCCGGCUCCGGCAUCAGGAGCUCUUCCGGCUACGUGGGAUCAAGGCCCAAGUGGCCCGGCGACUGGAAGAGCUGGCUUUGCGGCGGAGGCGACGGCAAGCACAGCGGCUGGCUGAGGCCAACAAGCCCCGCAGGCUGGGGCGGCUCAAGUAUCAGGCCCCUGACAUUGAUGUGCAGCUUAGCUCGGAGCUGUCCGACUCACUCAGGACCCUGAAGCCGGAGGGCAACAUCCUCCAAGACCGGUUCAAGAGUUUCCAGAGAAGGAAUAUGAUCGAACCUCGGGAAAGAGCCAAGUUCAAGCGCAAGUACAAAGUGAAGCUCGUGGAGAAGCGAGCAUUCCGGGAGAUCCAGUUAUAGCUGCAGGAUGCUGGAGCCCCUCCCUUCAAUAAAGCACCUUCUGACCAACA